CUCCAGACCCUUCUAAAGCUUCAUUCAUCCUCUGAAUAUCUUGUGUGGUACAGCAGAACCUCUUGCCAAAAUGAGCCUGUCAGCGAAGGAAAAAGUAAUCGUCAAGGACUUCUUUGCGAAAGUCUCCAGCAGGUCGGACGAGAUCGGCGCCGAGGCUCUCGCCAGGUUGAUCGUGGUGUACCCCCAGACCAAGUCUUACUUCGCCCACUGGAAGGACCUGAGCCCUAACGGCGCUCCGGUUAGGAAGCACGGCAUCACGGUCAUGGGUGGCGUGUACGAGGCGGUGAGCAAGAUCGAUGACCUGGCCGGUGGUCUUCUGAACCUGAGCGAGCUGCACGCCUUCGUACUUCGAGUUGACCCCGUCAACUUCAAGAUUCUGUCCCACUGCAUCAUGGUGGUCUUGUCCAUGCUGUUCGCCGAGGAGUUCACCCCUCAGAUCCAUGUUGCGGUGGACAAGUUCCUCGCCCUGUUGGCCCUGGCUCUGGCCGAGAAGUACCGCUAAAGGACCAAUCAGCACCAACACACACCAACACGCCAGCACUCACACCCGAUGUGGUCCUCAGUGUGGAAAUAAAAGGUCUUCUACUGAGAAAUAAAAAGUGCAAUCAAUGAAA